GCACACAUCUGGACCAAAAGUCAGCAGCUUCCAGACGAGUGGGGAGGAGCCUCUGGAGCAAGACUGACACCACAAUCCAGCAUGCUGCGUAACUGUGGCUUUUCUUCUUCUUCUCUUUUAUGAUCACUACAGUCACAAGACAGCGUGCGAUGCAUGAAGUUGAUUUGCCUUCAGAAAUCCUCUCUCUCCACCUCCUGUGUCCCUAAUACGUCAACAAAAGGACUUUUGGUGGUUGGCUGGGGGAGUGGCAUUGGGUCCCUGCGGCCCCCACUGGAUGGCCGGUUGUCGGGGCGCCUCGGUGGGGCCGGCGGACCGCCCUGGGUCCCUCGGUGUGGGACGUGUCCCGUCCGCCGGGCUGCUCUCCGGUGGACCCCUGGGCCUGACCACGCCCCUCGAUUGAUUGGGUGGGGUCCUCAGCCUCCGCGGUGCAGCCACAGCAAUUGCAGGACGCUUCUGUCAGUCUUUGUGCAUGUAAAACGAUGCUGAAUUUGGCCUGACCUAGAGAGAGAGGGGAGAGAGAGAGAAUGGAGAGAGAGAGAGACUUACAAGUCAGAGCGUCUGCCUAGACUCUCUUCCACAUCGUCUCACGCUGCCUCUUGCAUCCACAUCUCCUCCUCCCUCUGCUGCCUCUCUUGCUCCUUCCUGCUAUUCAGUCCUCCCUCCCUCUUCCAUCCUCACGUCCAUGUGAAACGCGCAACGCCACUUGCGUGCGUGCAUGUGUGUGCUCUUCCGAACGAGGGGGGGGGGAUUAAAAACAAAAGCGGGGGCACAUGCUCAUUGAGGAGGUGAAGGAGAAGAAGAAGAGGAGGAGGAGGAGGAGGGUGAAACACGCGUGCACUUUUUUCAUUGAGUGCCUUCGCCCUGAGCCGAGCAACAGCAUGGAUCUCUCCUUCAUGGCCGCCCAGAUCCCAGUUAUGACGGGAGCCUUCAUGGACUCGUCGCCGAACGACGACUACAGCGGCGAGCACUCACUCUUCAACUCAUCCGCCAGCGUCCACGCUGCUGCCUCGGCCGCGUCCGCGCACGGCCAGCCGGACGAGUCGCAGUCCGUGUCCAGCGACGCCAUUUGGCUUUGGAUCGCCAUUGUGGCCACCAUCGGAAACAUCGUGGUGGUGGGCGUGGUCUACGCCUGCACCUUCUGAGGAAACGUGCGCCCCCAACAAGACCAACACUUUUGAGUCCUCCUAAAUUUUGAAUCUGUCUGGUCUUUUGAGAGCGGAUACGCUCCAUAAUGGAAUCGUCAACAUCUACACCAUGAGCGUAAAAGACUUGUCCGCUUUUGUUGGAUUCCACGAUUUGAGGAUAAUGUUGAUCCCUCCUAAGUUUCUUUCCAUGUCUCCCCUGGAGAACACACGCUCACUUGCCAAGCGGAGAUGCGAGGAGAUGGAGGUUAAAUAGGGCUUGAGAUUCGGGUUGAUCCGGGGACGUCGCAAGCCUCCGUCGCCACAAAGCAAUUUAGGGCAGCGCUGUUUAAUUAUGCCGUACUACAGGGAUGGUGAAUGUUAAAACAUUUAGAAGGCACUGGGAUUAUUUUCAACCGAGGCAGCCCUGAGGCCCAUUGCCAUUAGGGCCCAUGUAAGGAGACUCUGUGGAUCAUGCAUGCCAUGGACACACUAAUGACUUAAUCAUCAGUAAACUCCACUUGCCGCACACUGAAAGUCACAUAAAUAUCAAAUCGUGAGGCCUAAAUUUAACAAGGCACUAGUUCAGUUCAACCCCAAACAUUUAGGCUUCUCCCCCAUCAUCCUUCACUGGAUUCUGUGGCAAAAUGAAAAUGGGCAUAAAUGUAAUUGACUGAAGCGUCAAUUUUGUAGAAGACGCUCGUAAAAGCCAGGGGAGUGUCAAUCCAGUCAUUUGAACAGAAGCAGGAUAUGACGCCUGUGUGUAAGGGUAUUUGACAGUGCCAGAAGAAAGCACUGGUCACACCACAAUGCUGGUGCUGUGUCCCUGUCUCAAAGCGAAACGCAAACUGUGGCAAUUUGGUCGAAUCUCUGUCUGAAAGGUUUUCUCCAUUGCCGCAGAGUAGUCAAAUAUUGAUCUUGCAGCCAAAGAUGCCAUUUAUUCUCACAUACACUUCAUCCACACAAAUAUAUGAGCUUGUUGCCUUUGUUCAAGUCCAUUUAUUGAUGUUUGCGCUUUUACAGUUUGUCGUUUGAGUUGCGUCGCCUACUUGGUUUUCUUCACCUCGUGUUACGAUGAUAUGACUAUACAAUAGCUUACACUGUUCUAAUGUUUUGUAGCAAAUUAGAAUGGUGACUGUAUCAGCAUCCUUGACACGAGUAUACUCGCUUACUGCUCCUAGAGGACUUUUCAGGCCUGUUUUUUCAUAACUGGUUGACUUAUAGAACUAUGUUGUAAACCACCACCACAAUACCCUUUUUGUAAAGACUUAUGCUUUUAGAAUUAACGCAGUGUACUGUUUUUCUCUGCCGACACAAAGCUACAGUAUAUAAUCCAUACGGAUGUGAUUUUUGAGAAGAGCCAUCGUAACGUUUUGACGGCAGCCAUUUUGAAACGGAUCGUAUUCCUGUGCACCCCGACGAAUCUGUUACACUUUUUUUUUUUCUGAAGCCAGUUGAGUUACGUAACGCCUUCAGCUGUAAAGCAAUGUAACAUGAUCUUGUGUCCUAAUAAAACAACGUGAUUUCUGA